AAAUGAGAUGAGAAAAGAGAAAGGGAGAAAGGUUGAAGAAAGGCGAGUGGUGGUCGUUAAUGGCAAUCAACGGCUCCUUCCUUUCCUUCUCUCCUUUCCUCUCUUCCCGCCCUCCUCGUCUUCAUCCCUAUUCUUUCUCUCCUCUCCCAUCUUCGCCAAACCCUAGAAGUUUGACCAACCUUACUUUUGCUUCCUUACCACCUUCGUUCGCCGGUUUCAGCUCUCACAAUGAUAAUCGCACCUCUAAGAAAUCUGCCCUGUUGAACCUAGUUCAAGAGAUAGAACCAUUGGAUGUAAGUUUUAUUCAAAAAGAUGUGCCUCUUACUACUAUUGAUGCAAUGAAGAGAACAAUUUCGGGCAUGCUUGGUUUAUUGCCUUCUGAUCAGUUUCAAGUUUUUGUUGAGGCUCUUUGGGAACCUCUUUCAAAGUUAUUGAUUUCUUCAAUGAUGACAGGGUAUACGUUAAAAAAUGCUGAACAUAGACUUUGUCUUGAGAUGAUUUUUGACAUGUAUGAUGAAAUCGGUUCUGAGACACUAAAACAGGAUAAUUCAAAAUUAGAACUACAGGAAAACAUUCAUGACUGUGGAAAUGCUGUUGAAACUUCAGGGAAUGGUAUUUCAUCUGAAGAUACAACUGUUGAAGGUCUUGGAGAAAUUACACAUGAAGCUAGACAAUACAUUUUGCAUUUGCAAUCUCGUCUAUCUUCUGUAAAGAAGGAACUACACGAAGUGAAGCGAAAAAGUGCAGCUAUUCAAAUGCAGCAGUUUGUUGGAGAGGAAAAGAAUGAUUUGUUAGACUAUUUAAGAUCACUCGAGCCAGAAAAGGUUGUUGAAUUAUCAGAACCGACAUGUCUUGAAUUGAAGGAAGCUAUUUAUUCAGUAGUUCAUGGUCUUCUUGCUACUCUUUCACCAAAGAUGCAUUCCAUGGCUCCUCCUUCUCAUCCACCUUCCGAAAGUAUGUCAAGUGAAAAGGUAAUUGUUGAAGAUGACGAUGAAGAAGAAGAAGAAGAGUGUGUUGAUAUUGUGGAUAAUACUUCUCUUCAAUAUCAGCCUCUCAUUUCAUUGACACGGGACUAUCUUGCUCGUCUUCUCUUUUGGUGCAUGCUUUUAGGGCACUACCUCAGAGGAAUCGAGUAUAGGUUAGAACUUGUGGAUUUGCUCUCAGUACCAAGCAAUGUCGAGAAUGGGACCUAAGGUUUGCUCGUUGCUUCGGUUCCCGCUUGUAUAUAUUAUAUAUAGGUACGUGUAAAGUUUUACGAUCAAGGAAAAAGAAUGUUUAAACUUGUUCAAAGACGAGUAACUUCUCUACAACUUUGAAUACGUAGUUAAUAAAUGUGUUAAUUUUUUAUUUUGUAAAAUAGUCCGAAUGUGAAGAUUCAAAUCUAUAACUUUGAAUAUAUUAUUAUUUUAUUUUUUUUCGUUUU